GCAGCCUCAGCACCAUCCGUCCGUCCAACCUGAGCGGAGAAGAGGAGACCCAAGGGGAGAUGGGCUCCCAGGUUGUGCAGACCCUGCGUCAGGGCGUCUGGGCAUCCGUGACCGGCGGCUGGUACCACGAUCCGGACCAGAACAAAUUCAACAACUCCUGCCACCUCUAUCUGUGGAUAUUUCUCCUGAUGUUACCCCUGUCUCUCCAUCUGGCCCUGCCCCCUACCACCAUGGCUUUGAGCAUCUACUGCACCUCCAUCACGGUCUUCUUCAUCUUCAUCAAGCUGGCCAACUACCGGCUGCACCUGAUGUUCGACGAGGGCGAGGCGGUGGUCCGCAGCAGCGUCUCCGACCUCAGCAAGGCGCCGGAGAAGAAGAGUAACGCGUCGGAUUCCUGCCUGCCCGCCGGCAUAAGGAAGAGCAGCACGGUCCCAGGCGGCGUUGCCAUGACGAUGUUGCCUCUGAAACGUACCAGUCCGGUGAUCCAGGUGACAGUGAAACAGACUGAAACCGACCCGGGACUGAUCGGGGUGGACUGUUUGAAGUCGGACGAGGAGGGGAAGACGGCGGAAGGACAGGGUGAAAGUGCUGCAGGCGAGAGUUCGGCGGAGGGAGGCCUGCACCCAAGCCCCUCUCCAGAUGACCUCUCCAGCCCCAAUCCAGACCAGGCCGCCCCGCUGCUGCAGGCCCAGCAGAGGACCCCGUCCCGAACGGACAAGGAAGAGAAGCGGCCCGGAUCUGUGAGCGGGACGGGGAAGGUGGACGCGGACGUAAUAGAAACUGUGGCUGUGAAAGACGGAGGGGACACCCAGGGCUCGCUGGAGGGCCGAGAGCCUUCAGAGCAGCAAAAGACGGCCCAGAAGGAGGCGGACGGAGCGGAGGACCGCGACGGCAAAGACAGUGCGGGCGGGGAGACGACGGAUGAAGGUCUGCCCCCCUCCAAGGGGAGCGAAGACUCCAGCGAGGAGGAGAGCGAGGGGCGAAAAGAGCCCCCGGACGCCAACAACAACAACUCACUGGGGCCCCCCCAGGAUCGGCAGAUUGAAUUCAUCGACACCCCAGAUUCUCCCACGCAGGCCGAGCCGGUGGAGGAGACGUACUGCUCCGAUGAGAUCGAGGUGGUCCUUGUGGACAGCUCGGGAUCGGGCCCGGCGUCGGCCCACCUGGAGGACAGCGACGCGGUGAAGAUCAUCAUCACCAUGAGCUGCGACCCGCAGACCGCCGCUCAGCUGGAGGAGAGCGUCAAGCAGAGCCUUCUGCAAAACGCACAGGCUCAGAAGGCUGCAGGAGAGUGUCACAUCAAGAUCCCCGUCAUCACCUUUGACUCCCCCGAGAAGGAGAAGCAGGAGGCGAAAGAGAGCGAGGAAGCGGCCGACUCCGAGGACGACCCCGCCCCGAAAGGGCGACGGGCCGCCAGCCAAAGCGACGCGUUCCACCUGUGCAGAGAAACCCCCGCCCCCGAGCCCACCGCGCCGGAGGCCCCGGACCCGGAGCGGGGACGCCCCGGCGUCCAGAGGGCCGACGACGGCACGCAGAGCCCGCAGCUGACCCACGAUAACAGCUCGUCGGGCAUCGACGUCCACUCGCAGCGCGACGACACCGACCCCCUGGACGCCAACGUGGAUUUGGAGGGGUUUCUGCGUCUGCCGCCGGCUCUGGGGCGCCACGGGCCCGGGGGGAGGACCCACAUCCGCGGGCUGAGCGUGGACAGCGGGAAGGACGCCGUGCUGCUCUCCGACCGCUCGCACGUCACAACCAUGACCAGUUCCAAGUCGGAUCUGGAGGCGAAGGAGGGCCAGAUUCCCAACGAGUCCAACUUCUUGGAGUUCGUGUCCUUGUUGGGCUCCCUGAGUACCAGAGGGGGGGGCGGAGGAGCCGGCAAACCGGAAGACGAGAGGCCGCAGCGCAAAGAGGACGUCGCAGAUGAAGAGAACCUGAGCGUGACCUGCGGACAAGACGAUACGAUAACGGGGAGCAACGCGGAUGACAAACCGGAGCGACCGAAGCCGCCCACCAGUCUGCCCACCGACCCGCCGAAGGCCUCGCCACCCACGCAGAUCCCCAUAGUGUCCCCAGACAGUCCGCAAACAGACAGGGAGAAGGAUCCGGACUACGACUCGCUGCCUUCACAGACCUCUCAGUCGGAGAGCUCCAUGCUGCAGGUCAUCUGUAGACCAGAGGCCACCAACAAAGAAGAUGCCUACACCUUCCACACUGUACACAGAGACCGGCCUCGUAAGCUGUAUGCAGAGAGAGCUCUCAACCUGCCGCUGGGAGCCGAGCUCAUCACCGGCAACAUGUGUGACCUGCUGUCUACUUCGUCCAACUCGGAGUGUCAGGACGCCCUGGUCGGCGGUCACGCUGACUGCCCCUUCCAGCGACGCAUCAUCCCCGCUCACAGGCUUCGGCCUCGAAGGACGCACCCGGAGAUAUUUCAGGAAGAGGACUCUUUGGACGAGUCGUCGGAGACGUCCACCCAGGAGAAACCGACCCGCAAGAUUUAUUACAAACUCAAACUGUUUCCCGGGAAGGUGGUCGACCUUUUGUACGACCGGCUCACGCUGCUGGCUCUCCUGGACAGAAACCAAGACGUCUUGGAGAAUCUGGUUGCAGUCUUCAUGGCCUUUCUGGUCUCCUUCCUGGGAUUUGUGCUCCUCAACCACGGUUGCUUCAAAGACUUCUGGGUCUUCCAGUUCUGCCUGGUCAUCGCCAGCUGCCAGUAUUCCCUACUGAAGAGUGUUCAACCAGAUGCAGCCUCACCAACACACGGUCACAACCAGCUGGUGGCCUACAGCCGGGCGGCGUACUUCUGCAUAUUCUGUGCUCUGAUCUGGAUGCUGGAGCAGCUGCUGAGGAGGAAAGACCUGCCCGUCUCCACCCUGUACGGAGUCACCAUCGUGUGCCACGACGCGCUGCGCUUCCUGCGGGACCUGCUAGUGGGUUUCACCUACUGCUUCCCGAUCACCUUCCUGGUGGGCCUUUUCCCUCAGAUCAACACCUUCACCAUCUACCUGCUGGAGCAGAUCGACAUGCACCUUUUCGGAGGGACAGCUGCUACGAGCCUCACCUCUGCAGUCUACGGCAUCCUCCGCAGCCUCAUCGCGCUCUCACUGCUCUACGGCUUCUGCUUCGGAGCGCUCAAGGAGCCGUGGGAUGAGCAGCACACCCCAGCUCUGUUCUCUGGUUUCUGUGGCCUUUUGGUGGUCUUCUCAUAUCACCUCAGCCGGCAGAGCAGCGACCCGUCCGUGCUACUAGCUCUGGUUAAGUCAAAGAUCAUGCCCCCUUUGGUGGAGAGUGAGGAAGAGGAGGCGGAAGAUGCAGAAAGUAAAGACCCACUGCCGGAGAAGCUGCAGAACUCCAUGAAGGAGGUUCUGCUGUCGGAUGUAGUCGUGUGCUCUGUUGCUUACAUCCUAACCUUCGCCAUCACUGCGAGCACCGUGUUCCUGUCCCUCAAGCCCUUCGUGACCAUCGUGCUGUACGCGCUGGCGGGGACUGUGGGGUUCGUGACCCACUACCUGAUCCCCCAGCUGAGGAAGCACCACCCUUGGUUGUGGAUUUCUCAUCCGGUUCUCAAGACCAAGGAGUACCACCAGUUUGAGCCCAGAGAGGACGCCGUGCUGAUGUGGUUCGAGCGGCUGUACGUGGGGCUCCUGUGCUUCGAGAAGUACGUGGUGUACCCGGCCAUCGUGCUGAGCGCGCUCACUAACGACGGCUUCGCCCUCAGCCACCGCAAGAAGCUGGGGAUCCACUGCGACGUUCUCCUGACGACCGUCGCUGGGCUGAAGCUCCUGCGCUCCUCCUUCUGCGACCCCAGCUUCCAGUUCCUCACCCUCCUCUUCACGCUCGUCUUCUUCCACUUCGACUGUCCGCGCGCCUCCGAGAGCUUCCUGCUGGAUUUCUUUCUCAUGUCUAUUGUUUUCCACAAGAUGCGCGAGCUUCUGCUGAAGCUCCACUUCAUCCUGGUUUACAUCGCUCCCUGGCAGAUCGCCUGGGGCAGCGCUUUUCACGCCUUCGCUCAGCCUUUCGCAGUGCCUCACUCCGCAAUGCUGCUGCUCCAGACUCUGCUCACCACCAUCUUCUACACUCCGCUGGCUCCCUUCCUGGGCAGCGCAAUCUUCAUUUCCUCCUAUCCGAGGCCCAUCAGGUUCUGGGAGCGAAACUACAACACAAAGCGCAUCGACAACUCUAACAGCAGAUUAGUGUCCCAAGUAGAUAAAGAGACAGGAUGCGACGACAGCAACCUCAACUCCAUCUUUUACGAGUACCUGACGCGCUCGCUGCAGCACUCGCUCUGCGGCGACCUCACGCUGGGCCGGUGGGGGAACUACAGCGCCGGGGACUGCUUCAUCCUGGCUUCCGACUACCUCAACGCCCUGGUCCACCUCGUGGAGAUCGGCAACGGGCUGGUCACCUUCCAGCUGAGGGGCCUGGAGUUCAGAGGUACCUACUGCCAGCAGCGGGAGGUGGAGGCCAUCACGGAGGGGGUGGAGGAGGACGACGCGUGCUGCUGCUGCGAGCCGGGUCACCUGCCCCACAUGCUGUCGUGCAACGCCGCCUUCAACCUGCGCUGGCUGGCCUGGGAGGUGAUGGCCACCAAGUACCUGCUGGAGGGCUACAGCAUCAGCGAGAACAACGCCGCCACCAUGCUGCAGGUGUACGAUCUCCGAAAGCUGCUCAUCACCUACUACCUGAAAAGUAUCAUCUACUACCUGAUCCACUCCCCCAAACUGUCCACCUGGCUCAAGGACGCCGGCGUCCAGGAGGCGCUGCAGUCCUACACCAAGUGGCACCACAUAGAGCGCGACCCCCAGGUCUUCAGCGUGAAGAUCGACGAGGACUACGUGCACUGCUUGCAGGGCGUGACGCGGGCCAGCUUCUGCAACGUCUACCUGGAGUGGAUCCAGCACUGUGCCGGGAAGAUGGAGACGGCUGUGGACAGCGACGAAGACUCCCCUUUAGUGACGCUGUCUUACGCUCUCUCCGUCCUGGGGAGGAGGUCCCUCGGAACGGCGUCACACAACAUGUCCAACAGUCUGGAAUCAUUUCUGUACGGCUUCAACACCCUGUUUAAAGGAGACUUCCGCAUCGCCACCAAAGACGAGUGGGUUUUUGCUGACCUUGACCUCCUGCAGAAGGUGGUGGCUCCGGCGGUGAGAAUGAGCCUCAAGCUGCAUCAGGAUCACUUCACCUGCCUGGAGGAGACGGAGGAGGCCUCCAUCCUGUACGAAGCCAUCACAAACUACCGCAGCAGCCUGGUCAUCUGCCACGAGAGCGACCCGGCGUGGCGCAAGGCGGUGCUGUCCAGCCGCGACACGCUGCUCACCAUGAGACACAUGAUCGACGACGGCACGGACGAGUACAAGAUCAUCAUGCUGUACAAGCGCCACCUCAGCUUCAAGGUCAUCAAGAUCAACAAGGAGUGCGUGCGAGGCCUGUGGGCCGGCCAGCAGCAGGAGCUGGUGUUCCUGCGGAACCGAAACCCGGAACGAGGCAGCAUCCAGAACUCCAAGCAGGCGCUGAGGAACAUGGUGAACUCGUCCUGCGACCAGCCGCUGGGUUACCCCAUGUAUGUGUCACCACUAACGACGUCGUAUGCGGGGACACACCGGACGCUCCGCAGCAUCGGAGGAGGCGCCCUGAGCCUGGACGCCAUUCGAUCCUGGCUCUGCUCCAAAUGGUUACGGGUGCGCAAGGACAACCUGACCAGCUGCAACAGCGGCGUGAACAUGGAGGACGUGGACUGCGGGGCCGGCGGUUCGUCCUCGCUGAGCCAGAACCGCCCGUCCUCCGUCACGUCCAACAGCCUGAGCCUCUACCAGCACAGAGCCCGAACGACACACAGCCACAGGCACCACAGCACGGCCAGGAGAGAGUACCGCAGUCGUUCAGUGCAGCCUCAGAGUCAGCGCCCCCCCGUCAGCAGCCAAUCAGGACCCAUCCUGGACUCGGGCUCCAACCACGGGCUCGUCCAGCGCCUGUCCAACAGUCAGCUGUCGUUUAAUACAUCCAUAGCCUCUAUAUUCUCCCAGGUCCCUCGUCUCUCGGGAGCAGGCGGGAUCGGCUCGCAGCUCCAGGCGGCGCAGCAUCAGCAGCGCUCCAGCCAGGUCUCCUCGUCCUCGUCCACUCUCAGCCUGCUGUUCGGGAAGCGCAGCUUCUCCAGCGGCCUGGUCAUCUCCGGGCUGUCCGCCGCCGAGGGCGGCAACACCACCGACACGCAGUCUUCUUCGAGCGUCAACAUCGCCAUGGGGCCCUCGCAGUCCAGCAGCAGAGCCACACAGUGGACAUCAGAGCCAUAUGAGAGUAUAGACGCGUCCUACUCCAACGCCGCCGUCACGUUGAAAGACGGCGCGCAGUCACGUGACCGAGGCUGCGGCCUGGGAUUGGAUGAGACGCAGGAGGACUCGGCGUCCGUCUCAACCGCUCCGGAAGCGACUGACCAAAAGACUGUCUGAGACUGAGACAACACACACGCACACACACACACACGUGCCCGCAUACAGGGAGGACUGUAUGAAGAGCUAAAGCGUACACACACACAUACAGACAGAUUGUAUGAGAAAGCACCCAUGCACACGAACCUGCCUCUUCUCCUGUCUUCAGCAUGUGGUCUCACCUCGUUGUCUGAAUGUAAAACUGAGUCUGAAAACAUCAUCUUGGAUCCGGUCGAUGAAAUAAAGACAUUUUUAAAUGAG